AUGCCAUCUAUAAAGAAAGCGACGCAGUGGGACGCGGCUCUGGAUGCCAUUCCCGUCUCCAAGGCCGAUCUCAACUCCAUCGUCAUGGAUUACCUGAUUGUGGAGGGCUACAAGGACGCAGCUCGACAGCUGGCAGAGGAGGCAGACAUGGAUCUGACGCUGUCGAUGGAGAGCAUCAAUCACAGACACGAGAUUCGAACCCUGAUCCACAGUGGCGACAUUGAAGGCGCCAUUUCACACAUCAACGAGGCGUCUCCAGAAUUGCUAGAGCGCAAUGAAGACCUCCAUUUCGAUCUGCUGCGUCUCCAGCUGAUUGAAAUGAUCAGAGACGCCAAUGACCAGAAUCUGUCGUCCGAGAACUUCCCCUACAAGCAGAUUCUGGAGUUUGCAGCGUCCAAUCUCGCUCAAAAAGCCACAAAGAACAGACUCGAUGAUUUGGAAGAAACCAUGGCACUGCUGUGUUUCCAGCCAUCGGAACUGGUGCCCAGACUACAGGCGUUGCUGGAUCUGAAACUGCGACGAUCGGUAGCUGCUACAGUCAACGAGGUGCUGCUCAAACAACAAAAGUUUGACGGAGAGGCGAAAAUCAAGGGCCUGUACAAAUUGUGGGGCUGGGCUGAGCAUCAGUGUGCCAAGGAGAAGGUCAAUUUCCGAAAAUUGGACGAGAGCGACUUGUCCUAA